UGGAGGGAUUCCAAAUUUUGCAAUUAAAAAAGCAAAUAUUCUACAGCUAUUUUAUGUGUUGUGAUAAUUAAGGCCCAGUUAUUUUGUGCUGUAAGAAUAGUUUUGAAAACGGCGUGUAGAUAGAAUAAGUACAAAAAUGUCUCACACUAAGAUCGAAGCAACCGAAACGAAUUUUUUACUCCAAUUAAGCCAAACUGCAAUUCACUUCGAACCUGUUACAAAAAUAACGAAUGUUUUCUACGAUGAAGUGACUCGACAGGUGUUCACAGUUCGAUCAGGUGGAGCAACAGGUGUGAAUGUCAAAGGCCCAAAAAUGAAAAACCCAAUAAAUUUUUGUGUGGAAGAUAAAGGAGCUGUACAGUCUAUAAAAUUCUCUCCUGAUCAACAGAUCCUAGCCAUUCAGCGGACUUCAAAAUCAGUUGAAUUUCAAAAUUUUUCGAAUCAAGUGCCUGAUGGUGUAGAAUACUCUCAGCCAUGCAGGGGAAGUUCAACAAUCAUCAUAGGAUUUGUUUGGGUUUCAAAUACUGACUUUAUUUUAGUCACCAAUCAAGGAAUUGAACACUAUCAAGUAAUUUCUGACAAAAGAUAUCUGAGAGCAGUAAAAAAUCACAGCAUCCAGGGCAAUUGGUUUGUAUAUUGCCCUUUGUCUGGACUUUUACUGGUAUCGUCUGGUCCUCUUGGUACUAGUCUCCAACCAUAUCUUUUCAAAAAUCAUCAGCUUUUACGUCUAACAAAAUUUGAAGUUGAUUUUCCCAAUGCUCCACAACCCGCCCGACUUUGUCUGGUCGAGAGAGACGUUACUCCAACUGUGCUUUACAACCAAAUGGUGGUAUUGGUCCUCAAGCAUCCAAUAAAGCCAAAUCCCACAAGCAGUCGGGAAAUAACAGGCAAAUCUGAAAUCGUCGUGUACACUUUGUGCAAAGACUCACCUCCUCGGAAAACUCACAUACUUCAAUUAGAAACCAGUGGAAAACUAGCUGUAAGCAUUCUGGACAAUUUAAUAGUCGUCCAUCACCAAGCUUCCAAAACGUCAUCGGUUUUUGACAUAAACUUAACGGGCGAAUCUGACGGUCGAGUGGUGACGCUGAAUCCGUUUCUAGCGUCCGUCACUAUUCGCCCAUAUUUCCUCAAUAUCCCUGCCUCGGCUGCCAUGCUAAAUCACGAGCCUUCACAGAUGAGUUGCGAGCUAUAUUCUCCGAACUGGGUCUUUUUCCAGCCUAAUAUCAUCAUUGACGCCCUCUUAGGCUGUCUCUGGAGCUUGGAAUUAGUCUUGACUCCCUUAAUUGAUAUGGCUGAAAAUCCAUGUGAAUUAUUUGAUUUUCUUCUGCAAAGAACAGACGCCAAGCCUACUGCGAUGGAGAUCUUGAGUCGACUGAUGUGUUUCCCCCAUUCACUGAGCGUUGAUUUGCCUGUUCUUGGCCGAGUUUUCGACAAACUAAACGAAGCAUACCGCAACCAAUUGGACAUUGAGAUUCAGAGUCAAAUUGCGAUGCCAGCCGGAGCUUACCAGUUGGCUACGGGAUCAACCUCUCGACGCCCUAAUAUGGUCAUUGAUCAGACUAAUAUAUAUUCUCGUGUCCUGUCGCCAAUGAUAGAAAACAAGCCAGCGGGUGAAGCAUGUGAUCGUUUCAUCGUAGCCAUUGUCAGUGAGUACAUUCGCUCCCUUGUUCAAUACCACAUUCCAGUUCAGCACUUCAUUUAUGAAGUUCUCAUCGAGGCCUUUGCCCGUUUGGGCCAGUUCUACCAGCUCCACCAACUCUUCCAAUAUCACGCCGUCGCAGACUCCAAACCACUGGCAUGCCUGCUGCUCUCUUUGGAAAGCGUGUAUCCAGCAGCCUAUCAGCUCGCCAUUGAUAUGCUUAAGAGAAUUUCAAAUGCCAAUGAAGAAAUUGUAGAAAUCUUACUAUCCAAGAACAAAGUCCUGUCAGCUUUAAGGUUCGCUCGGGAUAUGAUUCCGAUUGAAAGCAUCUCAGCUCGCAAAUUUCUCGAAGCGGCUCAAAACUCUCAGGAUGCCUCCGUUUUUUACGGUGUCUACCAAUAUUUCCAGCAGCGCAACCAACGCGCGCGUGGCAGUCCAGCAUUUUUGAAAGGAGAACACUGCGAGGUGUAUAGCCGUCAUUUUAAGCUCCUAUUUGGCGACGGUGAUUCGAAUAUUAGUCUUUCCGAUUCGCUAACGAUGGGAUAGCGAAAGAAUCUAACGACAAGCCUUUAGGAAAGAAAAAUGAUAGCAAAGACUAGUUGUAUUUUUCACGUCUCAUUCUUUCAUGUGAUUAUACAUAAUAUAAUAUAUAUAUAGAAUUUGAGUUCCAAAGUUGCGGGGGGACUCGACGAGGUCAAAUGGAUUUUCAGAUUCUGCUUUAAAAAAAAAAAGGAGGGAUCCGUCAAGUACGUUUAAACAGAACUCUGUCUUUUUGUUCACCAAACUGAACAUGCAAGAGUCGGGUCGUCGUAGCAGCUGGUCGUGUGCAGGGAACAAAUUACAUGACGCUAUCGUCUUUCAGACUUUCAUAACUUGCGCAAGAAAUUACGGGAAUAAAAAUUUGGCAAACUUCCAAUUGAUACACAAGUUACAGGGGGGACUACAGAAAGUUGUAAGAAUAUGAAGAACAAAAGGAAGGCUGUUUAACGUUAAGUGUUGAUCCCCGGAAUCGGAAAAAAAUUAGCCACAAAAGUCAUGCACGCAAUUAAGUCACAUACACAACCUUACGUUCAACACUCAGUUAAUGCGCUCAACCAUUGCGCACGUCGGGGCAAAUUCAAAAUUUUCUUCUUUUCUUCUCGUGUACAUUUACCAAGUGAAAUCACAGUCAGCCCACCAAUUAAACUUAAACUAAAAAAGCUGAUCCGAAGUCGACAACAUAGAAAUUGUUUUUGUUUUUCAAACAGGAGGAUUCUUCUUUCCAAAAGGGGGUUAAAAUCCAAAGCGAAAAGAUCUCUUUCAAUCGGAAGGAUGCUCAGGACAGGAUCGAUUGACGUCAAACCACUGGUCGAUGCAGCUUAGGAAAUCAAUUGGGGAGCGUAAGGUAAGUCAUGACGUAUUUUAUUGAUGUAGUUAGUCGUAGAGACGGAAAUACCUUUUGUGGUAGACACAAAGACAAGGUAGACGUGCUAUAACGUGACCUUUGAGCAAGUCCUCUAAGCAGAUGACGCACUCGCCUUUAUCUUCGGUCAGAACGUCCUCUAUAAAAAAAAGCAGUAGAGUUAAAAAACGAAUCACGAUAAUCAAAAUAAGUUACAACCGUUGUAAUUCAAUCUGGGCUUCGUCAAACACAUGACAAGGUGGCACUCGAUGUCAUCGGGCAUCACAAAUUUGGAGCAGACCGGGCAUUUGAUGCCUAUUGAACAGAACAAAAUUAUUCGUGUGAAGAAGAAAGGGCUCUUGAAUUUUCUUUGGAUCCGAUCCAUCAUGUUUGCGCUGGUAAUCGGGAUAAAAUGAAAGAGGAGCCAGAUCUCAUGUCAAGUCGAAAAGACGACACAGAAAAAGAAAAAUUUGGAAGAAAAACAAGUACUAUAAAGAUCGGAGACGCGCUGAAGUGGGAGCCCUGUGUACAACUGACCAUAGGAUACCCUCCUUGUUUGAUGUCCUCUCGACUGAUGGCUGGCAUCACGGAUAUAAGCGUAAGGGAUUGGACUUGAAUGCGUGCGAGUCAUUCGUUGUUGAUAGUAGACGUUGGAUGGAUAACUUCCAGGACCGGCCGUCAAUAUCCUGAGCAUCUCUCGUCUAUCGGAAUAGUCGAUAUUGUUGUUACGGCCUGGUGGAUACACUGGAUUGCUGAUGUUGGCAGCACUUGUCUCCUUGGUCAUACAUGACCCUACAACGAUCCCCAUUGGGCCAAUAUUUCGCACGACCACUGACUAUACAUCCGUCGAAUUCAAAAUUACGGAAGCUGCUAAGGUUCCGCAAUGUUGCACUGUCAGCACAAUAAAAAUGAGUCAAUGUCACUUGGUCACCAUGGGAACACAACUGACUGGCACCUGUUAACAGCUACCUUUGUUGUGUGCUAAGAGCGAAAUUUCUUAAUAGGAUGGAGGGCGGCUGA